UUUCCAGUUUGCGCAAUGCCGUCCGUUGCCUACGUUGUCACAUGUAUCAUAGCCUUCUUGACAGAUCUUACAGGCACAGUCGGGAACUACAUCUCACUGGGAAUUUCAUUGUUGAACAACCUCCCCUGGUCUCCUUUUUAUCCUUCCAAAAGCAACCGGCCCCAAGCUAAUGCACCCCGCGUGGCGAUUAUAGGCGCUGGUCUCAAUGGUAUAGGCGCUGCCGCAGCCUGUCUAGCGUCCGGUGUGGAAGUAGUUAUUUUUGAAGCGUCCGACCAAAUUGGCGGAGUCUGGUCUAGAGUCAAUGAGACGUCGUCACUUCAGUUUCCCUCUCUUUUCUACCGCUUCCAUCCCCUGGUCGGCUUCCGGACGCAGUUCCCGAAACGUGAUGAAAUUCUUGACGAGGCAAAGCGUAUAUACCGGCUAUACGAUCUCCAUAAGCGCACUCGGUUCAACAUACGUGUGAGGAAGGUGACUCCGAGCUCUAAUUCGACAUGGGAUGUGGACGGUGAAACAUUUGAUGGAGUUAUCUCCGCAGUCGGAACCUGCGGGCCGGAAAACAUCCCUGUCUGGGAAGGGCUUUCCUCUUUUGCAGGCACCAAAGUUCACUCAGCGAAAAUGGACACUUUGCAGAUACCUUUGCAGAUACCAAAAGGAGGGUUGAAAUACGUGGUGAUAGGAUCAGGAGCGUCUGCGGUUGAGUUUGUUGACUACAUUCUCAACAAGAUUGGUCCUGAUAAUGAGGGGAUGCUUGGAUUUGGACCAGAGAAAAUUGAAGUUACGGUUUUGGCAAGACAUGACAAGUGGAUGAUGCCGCGUGAGCCCGUCAUUGCCUGGCUAUCUUCCGUACUUCCAGUUGACUUUGGUUACCUUUAUGAGGGUUUCCUACGCCGCUUUUGGUACGGUCAUGAGCUUCGAGGAAUGACUCCCAAACGGCCCUUUUACGCCUCAACGCCCUGUCUCAACCCGAGAUUCCUGCAGCUCAUUCGCACUGGCAAAAUCCGAUACGUCCGUGGUCACAUAGAAGCGUUUGAUACAACGGGUGUGAACGUGAGCGUGGAGUGGGACUCCCGAAGCAUGAUUGGGAAAGACUCCCUCUUGCCCAAUCAAAGACGCACAGUGCAUUUGUCAUCCGAUGUUGUUUGCUGCGCUACUGGUUUCAAGCAUCCCGAGCUGACAUUCAUCGACCGGAAAGUCUGGCAAGGGUCAAAUUCGAACGACGAGUACAAGCCCCCACAUUUGCAUCUCUUGAUGUCUUCGCCAAGUUAUCCAACCCUUUGCUUCCUCAAUCAUACGUACGUGGAUGGUGUGGCCACAGCGGCAGCAUUCCACACAGGAAUGGUCACCCGUACCAUGCUUAUGUACUUGCUAGAUACUUCCACCCGCCCAAGCACAAAGGAGGCAGCAGAUUGGAUAUCACAGAGAACAGCAGCAAUAUCCCAAAAAGAGACCUCGGCGCGACAUUAUGGCCUGUUCCCAACAGGUAACCGCCACAAGAGUUCAGGCGGUUACGAUCGUUGGAAGGAAGAGGGGCUGAGAUUCAUGACCUACGGCGAAUUUUGCUUUUGGCUAAUCGCAAGCUUGGCAACGGUCAAUCGUUGGCAUUGGCUUCCCUACAUACUCGGAUGGCAAAGCAGCAAGGGAUCAGCAGCAGCGCGAGACUAUGUGCGUCCAAGCUCUACGGUUGCAUUAAAACUGUUGCCGACUAGUGAGUUCCUGAGUCCAACGGACACGGUACAGGCGGAUCUCAAAAGGAGAGGAAUUUCGACCAUCCUUGCUGCUUAAACAAGGGACAUCUCAUGUUGCAUACAUACAUGAAAAGAAUGAUUUGGUACUGAAUAAUGAUCUCAAUAAAUAUCUACAUCGUUAAGGAACA